GGCGGCUCCCUCGCCAUGUUUGCGCGGGGCCGCGCUUCCGCCCGCGGAGCCGCAGCGGGGACUCCGCAGAGGCUCCCGGGGAUGGAGCAGCCCGUGCGCUCCCAGCUGGGGCUGUGGCUGCUAUUGCUGCUCCUGUCCCAAGUGCCCGGCCGCCAGAAGGAGUCAGGUUCAACAUGGAAAGUAUUUAUUGACCAAAUUAACAGGUCUUUGGAGAAUUAUGAACCAUGUUCAAGUCAAAGCUGCAGCUGCUACCAUGGCGUCAUGGAAGAGGAUCUGAAUCUUUUCCGAGGAGGUAUCUCAAAGAAGAUGAUGGCAGAGGUAGUCAGACGGAAGCUAGGAACUCACUAUCAGAUCAUUAAGCACAGAUUAUACAGAGAAAAGGACUGCAUGUUUCCCUCAAGGUGUAGUGGUGUGGAGCACUUUAUUUUGGAAGUUAUCGGACGCCUCCCUGACAUGGAGAUGGUGAUCAAUGUUCGAGAUUAUCCGCAGGUUCCUAAAUGGAUGGAGCCUGCCAUUCCAGUCUUCUCCUUCAGCAAGACAUCGGAGUACCAUGAUAUCAUGUAUCCUGCUUGGACAUUUUGGGAAGGGGGACCCGCUGUUUGGCCACUAUAUCCUUCAGGUCUUGGACGGUGGGACCUCUUCAGAGAAGAUCUGAUAAGGUCAGCAGCACAGUGGCCAUGGAAAAAGAAAAAUUCCACAGCGUACUUCCGAGGAUCAAGGACAAGUCCAGAGCGAGAUCCUCUCAUUCUCCUAUCUCGGAAAAAUCCAAAACUUGUUGAUGCAGAGUACACCAAAAACCAGGCCUGGAAGUCUAUGAAAGAUACCUUGGGAAAGCCAGCUGCUAAGGAUGUCCAUCUUGUGGAUCACUGCAAAUACAAGUAUCUGUUUAAUUUUCGAGGUGUAGCUGCAAGUUUCCGGUUCAAACACCUCUUCCUGUGUGGUUCGCUUGUUUUCCAUGUUGGUGAUGAGUGGCUGGAAUUCUUCUAUCCACAACUGAAGCCAUGGGUUCAUUAUAUUCCAGUCAAAACAGAUCUCUCCAAUGUCCAGGAGCUAUUGCAGUUUGUAAAAGCAAAUGAUGACAUAGCUCAAGAAAUCGCUGAAAGGGGAAGCCAGUUUAUUAUGAACCACUUGAGGAUGGAUGACAUCACCUGUUACUGGGAGAACCUGUUGACUGAAUAUUCUAAAUUCCUGUCCUAUAAUGUAACAAGAAGGAAAGACUAUGAUCAGAUUAUUCCCCCAAUUUUGAAAACUGAACUCUAAUAGUCAUCAUUGGACCAAAGUUUUCACUGUAGCAAGCAGAUCUGAGAAACACCGUGGGGGUAGCUUACUGUGAAUGUGGCAUCUAUGCCUUGAAUAGUGUUAUCAAACCAUGUAUCUGGUUAUCCUUAUCAUGCUACACAGCAAAUCCUGAGAAAGAUCCAAAAUCUGUAUAAUACAGAUAUGAAGCAGCUCAACACUUUGGCUGAAUAAGGACCAGAAAUUAUGAAAUGUGGGUUUCGAACCCAAUUCUACCUUACAUUUUCUUAGGACCAAUCACAGCUUGUGCCUCAGAUAAUCCACUUAUGUAUGUUCAUCACUGUGAAACUGACUGUGUCCGUGGGAUGAUGUCCUUCGACCCAUCUUUGGAGCAGACACCCAGUCAUUUGAAAGUACAACUCAUCACCGCAAUUCUGCAGUUAUUCUAGGCUUGAUCUUUGAUGCUGUAUUUUAAUGUAAGGAAGCCCUAUAUGGUUUGUGAAAAAUACUUAGGGAUUAUUUCCUGAAAGGUCUGAGGAAGCAGUAGUUGUGCCAUGCAAUGACACAGGAGUUCUCUUUUUUUAAAAACAUAAACUCUUCAGUACUCAGGAGGUUUUUAUGAUGCCGUAUAGAAAGGGGCCGGUUGCAUGAGUAAUUGCAAUUGGAUCUCAAAUUCCUUUUGUGCCUUCACACCCUUCUUUUUAUGGUCUCUUUAAAAAAUAAAAACCUCUCAAUAAAUUUAGGAAGUAGCUCUUUCUCUUCAAAGGAACUGUGCAUAGAACAGCCAAUUCUUCACUCUUUGCACACCUUUAAUAUUUUUCCUCCUUCAAAUGACAGCAGUCCACCCUUUCACAGUUUUGCAGGGUCUGGCUUUUCCCUUUUUGAAAAGACAUUUGGAUAGUAGUUUAAUCUCUCAGGAUGCUCAUGCUAACAUAGUCAAAAGUAAAAAAUUGUUGGAUUAAAACUCAUGAAAUCUGAUGAGUUGAAAUCUAAAACUCAUGAAAACUCAAGGACUCAGAACCAUCCUUGUCCUUCAAACCCAGCCUUUCUACAGAGAAAUCAGUUCUUUCCCUUUGAUUCCUGAGAACAGGUUGGUAUUACUUGGUUUCAAAAUUAGUAAAUGGGAGACUCAGCCAUAUAAAUUUAGGAUUUUAUUCCAUUUGUGGGAAAUGGCCUUAUGAACUCCCUUCUACAAAAAUAUAAGCCUAAGAAACUUCUUAGAGGAGUUAAAUACCCCUGGUAAGAUCAUUGCAUGGAAUAAGGCAGGCAUUUAAAGUUGAAUUUUUUGAGUAUUAAAAAUUAUUAAAGAUUGUGUCCUUAGGUGAUACAAGUCUAGCAUAAAAGGUCCAGAUUUCUGAGUUAUAUUAUGGUUUUACUUUGUCAAUUUGAGGUCCUAAUAGAUGUCAUUUCUCUAUUUUACUUCUCUGACUAAGUAGUGACAAAAUUUUCUAUCCUUUGGAAUAGGAGCUGAAACACAUUUCCCUGGGAGUAUUUCCCAUAUUGCUUUAAGUUCCAGCUCAAGCUUCACCUUUGCCCUGAAGCCUUUCUUUUAUUUCUCUAGUCAGUUAGGGGGCAUCAUAAUACUUUGCUCAUGCCUGUAUUAUAUGACAUCACAUUGUAGUGUAGUUAUCUAUUUUUCCUGUUCUAUGAGCUUCUUGAUGGGUAGGAAUCAUAUUUCACUCCUGAAGCCUCCAUUAUCUGGUACAGUGAAUGCUCACACAGAGUAGACACUAAAGUACUGUUGGAAGGGUCAAUGGGUGAAUGGGUGGAUGGAUGGAGACAGCUGGUUUAAUUAUAUCCUACUUAUAGACUGGAUAGCCAUUGGCUCCAAUGGGUGACUGCUCAAGACUAACAAUUGGCACAAUGCAAAUUAUCAUCUGCCCUUUGCGAAGUCAAUAAGGACAUCUUUGUAUUUGAAUACAGAAAAUGUUCAUCAGAUUUUAUACUUACCUGUUUACCUUGAUGUGGAUAGUAUGAGGAUGCUGUGUAACAAUAUGUAAAAUGUAUGUUUUUUAAAAUAAUUUUUAUCCCCAUAA